AUGAUAAACUCGGAAGUUGGGCCUCACGAUGGAGACCCCUCCAUGAGCUACCUGGCGCCAGAAACAGACCAGGACGAUGCAAGCAGUCUGUUUUCCACAGACUCGGGCUAUUUGAUGGAUCUAGCAGACGCCUCUGACGACAGCGAAACCAUUUUGCCCAAGACAGACUUUCACUCUCCAUACUUUGUGAACGUGCCGACACCAAGCCAGCUCGGUCCUGAGGGCAGUGAAUCGGGGCAGGAUCUAACCACAGGCUAUGUACGCGAGUACCCGACGGAUAUCCUGCUUGAUCGGUUCAGCAAAUGGCGCAAAAUACUAAAGGGCUUGGCCAACUACCUGCGCGAGGUAGCCUAUGCACAGGAGCGGUUUGCACGGAUCAACUACGGCCUCAGAAGCAACGUAAAGUUCUCGUUUCUCACUGAUCUUGAAGAAUCUACAAACCGUAUUAUAGACCCAUUCCAGCAAAGGGCUAAGAAGCCUGGCCAAGCGCAACCCAGUCCUGGCUUGCUCAGAAACUUGGAGGACGAUAUUGCGGGUUCUAACGCUUCUACCUCCUCUCUCCAGCCUUCGGAUUUGAAACCAAACAUGCCCAUGGCUCCUGGUGACAAUGCAUCGGCCUCGUCCGGGUUCAUGAAAUUCGGUUCUGGUUCCAUCGAGGAUAUUCAAGUCAUCUUGAAGAAAUACCAUUCCUCCAUGGGCAACCAGCAGAUCAAAAUGUCCAAAGAAAUAAGCACUGUGGUUGUUCCCAAACUCGACGAUCUUCGCAAAGACUUACAGCUCAAGAUCAAGGAAAUCAAAGACUUGCAUAACGAUUUCAGAACUAACAUCGGGGAACACAUUGCUCUUACAGGCCAGUUGUUACAAAAAUACAUGGCUGCCGUAAAGUUUAUGUCUACCAACACUGACGAACAGAAUCUGCUCAAAUUUAAAGGCCAAAAACUGAAACCUAAGCACGACCCCUAUUUGCUCAAACUUCAACUAGAUUUACAAUUGAAGCGCCAGCUUUUAGAAGAAAACUAUUUGCAAGAAGCUUUCAUCAAUCUUCAAUCGUCGGGUAUGGAACUUGAAAAAAUCAUAUACGGCGAAAUCCAGCAUACUUUACAACGCUACUCCGCUUUGGUUAGCACAUCCGCACGCGUCUCAAUCAGUAACCUUUGCAAUGAAUUGCACCAAGGUAUUUUGAGUAAGCCACCAGCUACGGAAUGGGACCAUUUUGUUGGUCAUCAUCCAAAAUGCAUGAUAGACUGGAAAUCAACAGAACCGAUACCACAGCCAAGAAAACUAUCUGAUAUACGAUACCCAAGGAUGAAGUCCUCACUGGCUAAAUGCAUUAAGGCUGGCUAUUUACUGAAGAAAUCCCAAAUUCUCAAGAACUACAAUAAGGGUUACUUCGUCUUAACGAGCAACUACCUCCACGAAUUCAAGUCUAGUAACUUUUUCAAGUUGUCGCAAGAAACAUCAGAAAAGAAAGAUCAUGGUGAGGUACAGACUGGUAGCAAGAAAAGAGGCAUGGUACCAGUGAUGAGUCUUCACUUGAAUAGUGCGCAAGUGGUGGAAGUAACAGAGCACAAAUUUUGCAUUCGAGGAGUAACUUCCUCCAGUAAUUUUGAUAAAAAAUCUGCCGAGACCAGCAAAAUAAUUUCGAAAUCUACAUCGUCUAUUCAAAAAUUUCUGAAGAGCACUGCCAAAACGCCGGGUCAUAAAAAAGACCACGGUAUUCGCCAUACCUCUUUAUCUGGACCAAGCGGUGGGGGACCUCUUCCAAAGGAAAAGGAAAAGGAAAGCUCUGAUGAUGUUGCAACGUGGGUCUUCAAAGUGGCUGGUAGUGGGCACAGCGCAGAAGACUCCAAAGAAUUAAAGAAGUGGGUUUCUGAGGUUAAGCACUUGAGUAGCUUCAACAAUUCAGCGGAUAGAGCCAAAUUCAUUGAAGAGAAGAUCUUCCGUGCUCAUAAUCGUGCUAGCUCAGUCAAUCUGUUAAAAAUGGGCGCUGAUGCCAAGAAGUUUGAAAAGCCGUCAUCCAUUAAGGCACCUGGCAGUCGAGGCAAACCGCAGUAUAUUCAUUUGGGUGCACAGGAUUUUGCAGCUUCGGCAUUGGCCAGAGCAAAGAUCAAUACGCCAUCUAUUGACGAUAACGGUAACUUGAUAACAGCAGGAGAAGGCCGCACACCUUCCGUUAAAAGUUUGUCCGAGCUUUCAUCGCCCAGAAUGUCACCCAGUCCAUCCAAUACCCCGGGGACUGGUGGCCAGUCUGCUUUAUCACCGACGAAGCAAGGCUAUGUGAUAACGAGCAAUGGCAUUACACCCAUUAGUAGAACCCCUGGACAAACGCCUGGUAGCAAUCAUGCUACCCCUGGGCAAACGCCAGGUAGCAACCAUGCUACGCCUGUCAAUAGAACCCCUGUACAAACACCAAAAAGAACUCCUGGCCUAGCAGCAAGCGGUGCAAGUUCCGAUGGGUCUGGAAACCAAGUUUUGAAUUCACCCAGCAGUCAUGUGUCCGGUAGUAGUGGAGGAGGAUAUUUUGCCAUCCCUGUAGCACCAACUUCUCAAGGAUCGACGCCCGGUCUAGAUCCGGCCGCAGAACACGCUGCCGCUGCGCAAGGACAAAAUCAAGCGCCUGUCGUGCCCAUGGUUAGAUUGAACGACCGUGAGUUUUCAAACGAGAGGUUGGACAAAAGCAAUAUAAAUGAACAGUCCAGUGAUCGUACUAACGCAAAUCAAAGGAUGGCGGAAGGUGGUCAGAUAAACAGAGGCGCUCCUGUCCACAAUUUGCGUAAAAAUUUGAGCACUGGAAACAUGGGCGCUAUAAUAAAUGAGCCACCGUCCAAUGUUUAUUCAAGCCCAAAAGCCGGCAAUAGCUCCCAAAGUUUGCUCGCAGGUAAUGCUCAGCAGAUGAGAAAACACAAAAAGAACGUUUCAUUCAGUUCACUUAAUAGCCUUCUGUUUUCCAAGAAAGGUGGAGAUGUGAGUAACAAUAACAUGACUGACUAUUUCAUGUCCGGCAACAGGAUCGAAGAAAACGAUGACGCCGAUGCGUUUAACGUAAAUCAAUCAUUGUAUCGGGAUCGCAAUAGAAGUCCUUGA